AGUAAGUGGGGUUACGUUUAGGAGGAGAUGGUGUGGUGCCAGUUUGUGUGCUACUUCAAGCAGGACACGAAUUGUCUUUUUUGCUGGGAAUUUCAGUAAGUAUGGCAUCAUUUACUGAGGGGGAUGGGGCCUGAAGUAACGGGCGCGUGAUGGGCGGGUUGCCUGGAAUUUUCCCGGGCCCGAACGACGGAAAGGACGGGCGUGCAGCCCGGCGCAGCGCCCUCUUAGCUCGCCGCCUCCAUAGCUGGCUGCCUGUUUUGCCACUUCCCCUCUCUGGCACCACGCCGUGUCUGGUGUUAUUGCGCAGCUGCCUAGAUCCGUUGAGGUCGCCCUCCACCUCCGCAGCCAUAACAAGCCUUUCCUUCGCGCUUCUUGCUUCCCGUCCCCAUACAUAAGCACCCACUUGCUGUCAUCGCUCAUCUAGUAUCCUUCCCAGGUGUUCAGCGCCCCGCUUCCCCUCUCUCCGACUGCCCCCCUCCUUCCUCCCUUCCUCCUUCCUCGAUUUCAUCGUUGCUUUCUCCUUUCGCCAUAGCUCCUUCGGCGUCCAUUUUGGUCCACGUUCUGGAGCAGAGACCGCAUUCGAGGUUCGGGCGGAACGGUCGCUUCCAGGAUUUUGCAGCAGUUUUACACGUUCGGAACUGUUUUCUUUCUUGUAGUCGGAACUUGCUCCACCUUACAGAGAUAGGCAUAUAGAAGAAUAUCAGGGACUUUUCGAGACAAGUUUCCAGCGAGAAACGGUACUUUCCCGAGAAGUUUUUUGAGAGCUGAAGUUUUUGAGCCUUGUAGCGUGUCGGUUAAAACAUGGCCGACUCCAGCGCUAAGAUUGCGGACGUCACCCCCGAGGUGGAGAAAAAAGAAGAGAGUGUGCCUGAAGUGGCUUCGGCUUCAUCUCCUGCACCAGCUCCGAUGGCGGAAGAGCCGAAGGCAGAGGAAGUUAAGGCAGAGGCCCCUGAAUACACGGAGGUGGUCAAAACCGAAGAACCUGCUGCCCCUGCGGCUGUCGAGAUAUCAGCCCCGGCUACUGCCCCUGCCGUAGAGACCUCUGCAGCGCCGGCGGAGGAACCCAAGGUUGAGGCCGUCGAGCCGCCAGUGGAAACCAAGGAAGAAGUACCCCCCACAGUGGAACCCAAGGCUGUCGAUACUCCUGCCCCUGCAAAGUCUGACCAUUCCACACUGUUUCAGAAGAUCAAAAAGACAUUUGAGUUCCCGAAGAGUAGUAAGAGCAAGGAGUCGCCUGCGAAGGAAGCAACUAAGGAACCCGUUGAAGCUGCCGCUGCCCCUGCUCCUGCCCCGGAGCCCGUUGUCGCAGCACCGGAAGCGGAGACAGUGGCCGCACCCGUGGCGGAGACUCCCCCCCCUGCCGCUGAUAGUAAGCCCACUACCACCGACAAGAUUCAUGAGAAGGUUAGUGAAGGAAAGGGGUUUUUCAACAAAGUGAAGAAAUCUUUCUUCACCAAGAGUCAUUCAUUCAGUGGGAGCAUUCCUGAGUCCAAGCAAGGCACAGCGGCAACCUCCACUCCUCCUACAAUCGCAGAAGUUUCCAAGGAAGCUGAGAGCGUGCCCGUCUCUACCCCUCCCGAAAUUGAGACUCCCGCACCUGCAGCGCCUGAGGCAGCCGCUGUGACAACAUCAGCCGCCGAUGUUACUCCCUCAGAGACGCCUGCAAUCCCUUCUGCUGAGACGGCUCAACCUGUCGCAGAAUCUGUCACACCAGCCGCCGAGGCGCCUAAAGAAGCGCCGAAGGAUGCGGUGGAAGAAAAGGCUGUGUUAAAGGAGGACAAACCAAAGUCCAAAUUUUUUCAGAAAAUCGUGAAGAGGCUUUUACCGAAGAAUUCAUCGCACUCGACUCCCCAAUCAGCUGCCCCUGCCCCUACCCCAGUUGUCGCAGCUAGUGCGUGAGGAGGUUUGGUGUUAACUGCUUAUGGUGGAUAGUGUAGCAUAGAGGUUUCGUUUGCAAUUUUUUUUAUAAUACGUAUUUGGCGUUCAUAUGGAAUGCAAUUCUCACGUGGAUGCUGUUGUGUUGUUACCAUAAAGAGGUGAUAUCCUCCAUGAAAAGAAAAAACAGCCCAGUUUGCUUAAAUUGGGUGCCGGACAUUCCAUAGUUUUAGAUCUGGCAUUUACCCUUGUAGCUUCCGUUGGCAUCUGCACGGCCAGUUUCACCCCAUUGGUACGUGUUCAUAGUAUCCAGAAUCCUUGAGGAUCCUCUAGGAUCCGGUGUAAAUUCUUGUGCAUGCUAAUUUUUUUGGGUAAACAGUUACCGCUCAAAGUGCA